ACUCACAACAGGCUGCGUAUUUGCUUUUAACUAUGACGUUAUUUGGCCGUGACAGUCAAACGUCCAACAGUUGAGCUAAGCUAAGCGGCUAUUGCUUUUGCUAGCUAACGUCGGCUAACGUUGAACACCAAAGAUGUACACGAGUAACGCGAGAUAUAUAACUCUGCAGGACUUCCGCGUUCGCGUAUGCAGGCAUGAGAGGGUUCUGUUUUGUUAACUGACCUGUUAAAGCUAACAUGACAUAGUAGUCUUUUUCAAAAAGCAACUGUAUGCCUGCUUCCCUUUCACAAAACACAGCCGAACUAGUGCGAGAGUGAAGAUGAAGAGAUCCAAAGGCGGUGGUGACGAGGAAGCUCCCCGGCAUAAUGGCUCAGCGGGCCGAAGGAAAGCAGACCAGCAGCAAAGUGACGGGGACGAGGGUGGCAGUGACAUCGGCCCAGCCGACCUGCAAGACGACGACAAUGACCAGGGCCUGAGGAGAGAAAUAAGGAGCAAAUACAGAGACCUCAUCAGCUCAGUGCAACAGAACAGGGAAGAUAUGCUGAGCCCUUCAAACAACAAACUAACAGAGGUUUUAGAGGAAGCAAACAAACUUUUUAAAGAUGUUCGACAAGCGAGAGAAGCAGCCCUGGAUGCACAGCUCCUUGUUGUGGCUACAGACCUGGGGAAGGAGAAAGCCAGCCAGCUAUUCUCCGAGGGAACCGCUUUCGAUCCCACUGCUUUUGCUGAGCAUCUCUUGUCUUUCAUGGGUCUGAACCGACUAGAAGAUGAUGAAGACGAGCAGCAGAACACCACUAAUGGCUACCUGCCACAGGACGCCUGGCACCGAUUGGCCAGGAGAGCAGAGUGCUGCUUUAGGACAGCACCCUCUUUCCACUACAUGAUGGGCUCGUUCUAUGCAGAACCACCUCCCCCAAAACAAAGGAUAGAACGGCAAAGAAAAGCACCCAGCAAAGAAGCCAAAAGGAUAAUGCCUACUCAGCUGAAGAAAAUGGAAGAGUCGCAACAAGAAGCGACAGAAAAAGAAGUGGAAAGGAUUCUGGGGUACCUGAAGAGUUAUUACCAAGAUGAUCCAACCUCACCAAUAUCAUAUUACGAGUUCGUCAUUGACCCCAGCUCCUUUUCCCGGACAGUGGAGAACAUCUUUCACACUUCUUUUCUGAUCAGAGAUGGACUGGCAAGAAUGUAUCUUGAUGAGGAGAAAUUGCCAUGUAUAGCUCCUGUAGAGGAGGGGGAGGUGGAAGCCGGAGGUUCCACAAGCCGUAAACAGUGUAUCCUCUCUAUCAGCCCAAAGAUAUGGAAGGAGCUCAUAGAUGCCUUCGACAUCAAAGAUUCAAUUAUUCGGCCUCCAAACACACAGAAUGACUGACAGACUACACCAUCUUCCCCACUGAAAAACCUAAACAUUGUUCUUAAACGUUUUACUUAAUAAAAUUCAAGUGAUGUGUUACAGUUUUAUCAGUUGAGGUCAAUGUAUAAUAAUCGUUCUAUUGCACAUUUGUUUAUUUUUUACUGCGUUUUAAGUUUGAAUAAUAAAAAAGA